CUUUUAUUAUUUAUUUGAUAAGUUCUUUAAAUGCGCCCAAAACAUGAAUAAAGCCUCGCGUCUGUUUUGGCCCGUUUUAAUUACACCAAAAAAUGCCGUUGUCAAGCAAACGGAGCAACUGUCACGCAGUCAAAAGCUUUUAACAGAGCUUGGCCUGAUCAAGUCGGGCAGCAACGGCACCUACCAGAUAAUGCCCAUAGCCCAGCGCGCCGUAGACAAAUGCAUUAGCCUGGUGCAGCGCAAUAUGCAAGAGGCGGGCGGCCAGAAGAUCAGCCUGCCCGUCUUAACACCAGCACAGCUUUGGAAGAAGACGGGCAGGCUGGAGGGUGACAUAUCCGAGUUCUAUAUGGUGCGCGAUCGCAGCGGCAAACAGCUCCUAAUGAGUCCAACUCAUGAGGAAGCGGUUACGGCCAUGCUGGCCACAGCAGCGCCUAUCUCGUAUCGCCAGCUGCCUUUGCGUCUGUAUCAGAUUGGUCCCAAGUUUCGGGAUGAGCUGAAGUCGCGUUUUGGCCUGAUGCGCGCCAAGGAAUUUUUAAUGAAGGACAUGUACACAUUCGAUGUAACCAAGGAGGCAGCGGAGCGCACUUAUGCAACAGUCAGUGAUGCGUACGAGCGCUUCUUCAGGCAGCUGGAAGUGCCGUUUGUCAAAGUUGAGGCUGCAACGGGCAUUAUGGGCGGCAGCUUGUCGCAUGAAUAUCAUUAUAUAUCUCCAGUCGGCGAGGAUACGCUGCUCAAUUGCAGCGCCUGCGGCUAUGCUGGAAAUGCUGAAGUCUUAGGCAGCGAUGCAGAAACUGCCAGCACGUGUCCCCGCUGCCAGAGCAAACAGCUGAGACGUGUGCGCGGCGUGGAGGUGGCACACACAUUUCUGCUGGGCGACAAGUACUCCAAGCCACUGGGCGCCACUUUUCUAAACAAGUCGGGCAAACCAGAAACGCUUUUGAUGGGCUGCUAUGGCAUAGGCAUAACGCGCGUCAUUGCUGCAGCGCUGGAAGUGCUCUCCACGGAGCAGGAACUACGCUGGCCCAAGCUGCUGGCGCCCUACGAUGUCUGUCUGAUUGGACCCAAGCAGGGCAGCAAGGAGCAGGCGCCAGCGGAGCGCAUAGAAAAUGAGCUACUGCAGCAGCUUACACAAAUUUGUGGCGCCGAGCAGCUGCUGCACGAUGAGCGCAAGGAUCUGACCAUAGGCAAACGUCUGCUGGAUGCCAAACGCCUGGGCCAUCCUUUAACCAUUGUGGUGGGUGCCAAGGCUGUUCAACAGGAGCCGCCUAAGCUGGAGCUGCAUGCAAGUGGCGGUGAAAAAAUGGAGCUAAGCGCAGCCGAAGUGCUGCAACUUGUGGCGACGCAUGUGCAACACAAGCAACAGCAGCUGCAGCAACAGAUUCCCAGCCAUGAACAGGAUGCGAGCGAAAGUCAAGCUGUUGGCCAUAUGCAUUAG